UUUGUCGCAUCUUCACGAUGUUUCUGUAAUAUAUAUCUGAGAUCAGAUACCUUUUAUAUUUGUUACAGACGGAUAUUGUUGGCAGGCGAGAGGUCAAACUUUGUUUACAUAGGAGGUUGCUGCCUUGGUAGUUUCACUUUGAUUACGUGUAACAGCAUGGGCCAGGUCCUUCAAGGAGGACACGUAGGCGUGCAGCACUGCAAAACACAUUGUUUGGUAGGAGACGUCCUACAAGUACGAGAAUACAAGAUCCUGAGGCUCAACCGCCAGCUCCUCAUGUCGAAGUUGUGGGGUUGGCAAGCCCCGCAUCAUUGCCAACGACACGAUUGUUAAGGAGCUAUUCCAAAAAAUGAAGGCUGAGGGAUACAUUAUGCCUAUGCCUGUAAAUGGCGCAGGUGCCACAGCACCAACAGUCCUCCAUCAGGUCCACCAGCUAACAGUACACAAGUACUCCCUACAGUGGCCCCAAGAAUCAACAUUCCAGCUGCAGCAUCUGGAUCGCCGACGGUUCAAGCCUCAGAUAUGACAAGCAUUGUUCCACAUGCUAACCUUGGACUUUCUAUGCCAUCAGUGCAUACAAAUAUCAAACAACCGGAACAUUUAUCGAAUAUGAACAUUACUACGCCAUUAGCAAAUGUUGUGUCAAAUUUGACGGGUGAGACAAACCAUAUGCAUCCUACUAUUCACAGCAUCUCCCGACCUCUCGGUAUGCAUGUCGAUACCAAAAUUAUAAUGAAAUUUCUAGCCGAUGAGUUCAUUGAUUUUGGGCUACUCAUUCAAAAGUCAGCAGACACAGAACAUUUCAAAAUUCAGUUACAUGGCACGGAAUUGGCCAUUGUUCCCAAACAAAAAUCGUUUUCUAUCAGAAACAUUGAGCAGUGGUUGUCUGCCUUUCAUGUCUUUGUAGCCAUUUACGUACAAACUCAUCCACGGGCUAUUUCAUCUCUUAUGAAACAUGCCGGCAUUGUUCAAACGCUACACAGGAGGUCGGGAAUUGCUGCAGCACUGAACUAUGAUUGUAAUUUUCGACAAUGGCAUCAGUUUUAUCCCCAUGCUUCAUGGGGUGACAUGCACUCUGAAUUUUAUUUAGAGGCGACAGCCAUUGGUCUCAAAAUUGCAGCACGUAACCAGCCAGCGGUUCAACAGCCCUUUCCCCAGAAAUCGGCCAACAACGUCCCAAAAGGAAUUUGCUGGUCGUUCAACAAAGUUGGAUCAUGCAGGCGGGGAAACUACAGUGUAAGUCACAAUCCUCCGCUAACAACCCUGCCUCCACCUCAAAAGGUGGAAGCAAUGGCCAGUCAGCUACCAGCCAAGGCCAACGCCCCCAAAACCAACAAAACAAAUAAUAAACUUCCAACCCCUAUUAAGGUCCAAGUUUUGCUGCCUUUCUUAGAGGGUUACCCGAGGGAUGCUUUUCAAUUUUUGUAUGAGGGUUCACCAAUGGUUUUACUCUCAAAUAUCAGGGGCCACGUAUAUUUAGGCUUUCAAAAAAUAUAAAAUCUGCCCUUGAUAACCCCACUGCUUUGAAACAAAAAAUUGACAAAGAAAUCCAAUUAGGUCGAAUUCAAGGUCCAUUUCUUGCACCACCUUUCCCCAACUUGCAAGUAUCCCCUUUAGGCCUUGUACUAAAAAAAGGAACCCAAUGCGUUUCGUGUUAUUCAUCAUCUUUCCUACCCGGGGGGAGCAUCUAUAAAUGAUGGUAUGAAUCCGGAGGAGGCCACUGUGGCUUAUACGACUAUCGAUGAUGCUAUCCACCUUAUAAAACAGUUCGGAAAGGGGGCCUUUAUCGCAAAAACAGACAUUGAGUCUGCUUUUCGUCUUAUCCCAAUUCAUCCUAAGGAUUACAACUUAAGAGGUUUUCAGAUAGAUGACAAAGGAGCAGGGGCAAUAAUGAGGUGUAUUGGCCCCCAAAAAUGUCCAUUUAUAAUUUUAUCAAGAUUCUUGUUUCAUGUAUACUUUCUAUCAAUAGAGUACUUGGUAAGUAAAAAUAUGCAAAUAGGGAGAAAAAUUGUGACGUCAUGACGUCUAAAAACUGGCAGAAACUUCACGUUAUUUUACAAAUUUGUGAACUAUGAUGUUAUUUUUGAUGUUCACAUCAAUAUCUAAUAACCUCCGCAUGCUAGUACCAGCAUUAAAUUUUGCAUACGUAAUAAUAAGUCAAUAGUCUAGCUAAUUCCAAAAAAUAAUCUUGGUACUCCCUUGCGCAGGGUUGAAAAUUGAACAAGGCGGUCAGAAAAUACGACAGAAAAUGUCAUUAUUUGCGCCGAUGUUCACAGCGUUGUCACGGGCACGCCUAGGACUGGUCUGGUCGGUCGGGAAGCGGCAGUUUUUAAUAAAUUAUGUUAUUACCUGAUGUCAAAUUGAGUUUUAUAUUUUGUUGAAAUAGUCUCUUUAUUCAAUCGUGAUAAAUUUGAUAAAGAUUAUUGAUAGA